AUGCAUAUCAAUAAAGUUGUUCUGCUCAUCGCAACUAGCAUAAGUUUUUGCCUAUGUGGAAAUUUUACUGAGACAAAUGCAGUGUCAUGGCUAGAACAAUAUGGUUACAUCACCACAAGUGAAACUGCCAACACUGAUAUUACUGACACACUAGAACAGUUUCAAGAAAGAUAUAAUUUACCGGUGGAUGGGCAAUUAAAUAAAGAAACGAUGGAGUUAAUGCAGAAACCACGAUGUACCCAAGGAGACAAUGCUUACGCUGUAAAAUCAGCAUGGAAAAAAUUUGAUAUAAAAUGGUAUUUUCCUCAAGCAAUCCCUGAAGCCUUGACAGUCACUAAAAGAGUAUUUGAAAUAUGGGAAGAAGCAUCAAAAUUUAAGUUUACUUAUCUGAGAAUCCCAAAUCCAAAACCGGAUAUAACUAUAACAGUAGUUCCAAAACAGCACUAUUUUCGAUACAAUUGUCAGGGUAACGACGAAUGUCCUUUUAAAUUUACAAAUGGUGUAUUAGCACAUUCUUAUUUUCCACCUACAUCUGGGUGCAUAGAAAUUCAUAUGAAUAGCAAUCUAACGUGGGAUUUCAGUUUGAAUUCUACAGUAGAAGGUCGAACAAAUUUCUUUGCAGUCCUUCUCCAUGAAGUUGGUCACGCUUUAGGUUUAGCACACAGUAGCGAUAAGAAGGCCGUAAUGUAUCCCUUUUAUGAAACCUUUCCUUCCCACAUAACUGAUGAUGAUAAAAGGGGCUUAGAAAAGUUAUAUGGACCUAAAAGUAAAUCCGCAUCUAUUCCAACUCGACCUGGUGUUACUAGGAGUAGUGUACCAACUUUAAAGACAACCACAACAGAAAGAUCUAGGAGUACGACAACCACAGCAGCUAGGACUAAUAAAUCAAAGCAAAAUAUAAUAACGAAUGUAUGUGAAUUGGAAUAUCCAGAUUUAAUAUUUUUAGCAUACGCUCCAUCAUUUCCAACAUACCGAAUGUAUAUAGUAAGUAAGGAUCUGGUAUGGAAAUACGACUUAAAUAAUGAAAAGAUCCCUACCAAUGCUGAACAAUUUAUAAGAUAUUUUCCAAGGGGAAUUACGAACGUGACACAUGUUUUUCAAAGCACCAAUGGAGAUUUGAUUGGUGUAAGCAGAAAUCGUAUAUAUGCUGCAGCAUUUCCUAGCUUAAGAAUUCAUACAGAUAACAUGGUACCUGAAGUAAAUAACGCAAGAAGUAUUAACGGUUUAUUUCAAACAAAUUCAGGAAAAAAAUUUGUUUGUUUUGAUGGCUCAUUUAUUGAAUUUAAUGAUAAAGACAUUAUCUCUAGAGGACGCAUAAGUGAUGUUUUUCCAGGAAUACCAAAUGAUAUUACAUCAGCAUUUAAUUACAUUGAUGGACAUAUAUAUUUCUUAAAGCAAAACAUUUAUUACAAGUUUAAUGAAUUUACAAGAAGUGUUGUUGAAAAAGGUACUUUUAACUGGAAUAUGUUAGGUUUCCCUUGUCCUGAUAAUGGAUUAAUAAAACAACUGAUAUCCUUAUUAUCCAAAGUAAAUAUAUUCUUUGAAUGA